AUGGGAGAGCUGGCCGACUUUCUCGUUGAAAGAGACGAGAACUUCCGCAAAGCCCGUUUGCCCGCCCUCUACUCUGAUUUCCGUCCUCAACGAACCCUCAACCCCGAUGGCUUUCAAGCAAAUGUCAGCGCCUGGCGUCAGGCUCUCGCCCGCGCCGCCUGGGAGGGCAGGAUAGCAUCCCAGAUUUCGGCCCCGAACCUCCUCGUGGUAAACGUCGACGAGCAGCUUGCGCGGUCCCUCGAAAGCAAGCAGUUCGGCCGCCCGCUGGCGCUGGGUACGGUCGUGAGAGAGGCCCUGAGUGAGAGGGAUCUAUACCCACUCAAGGAGUUCCUGGACGCCAAGGACAGCAUUUACGCAGGCAAAACCUGGGCGCAGGUGCCGUGGAGCGUGGUGUCGUGGGCAGCGGGGCAGCUUGGGUUCGGCGGGAAGUCGACUGCCGGCGAGGAUAAGUUGCCGCAGGGGAGGUUUGUGGUGAUCAAGAACGCCGAGACAGCGGCGAAGAGCCUUGCAGAGAAGGUGAAAUCUUCGGACACAAGAUUUGACAGGACCUACACGAAAUCCCACUUCCGGAAGACCUUUGCAGAUACAAUCGUCCAGGACCGCCGACUAUCCGAGAUGGACGUUGACAUUCUCCUCGUCUUCCUCUCGCGAGACAAGGGCAUCAUGAUCUACGACGGGCAUGUGGUUAAGAUCAAGGGCGCCACGGACGAAGAGGAGUCCGCCAUCACAGAGGAAGACGCAGCCGUAUCGUCGCUCAAGGAGCUCAUCGCCGACAUGAAGGAGCAAGCAGAGUUGCUCACGCGGCGCAUCGACGAGCUCACGACCACGGCCAAGGAGGCUGUCUCGAAGAAGAACAAGGUCGCGGCGCUGGCGGCGCUCAAGUCCAAGAAGAUAACCGAGGCGUCGCUGGCAAAGCGCUUCGCGACGCUAAAUCAACUUGAGGAUGUGGCAGCGCGGAUCCAGGAGGCCAGGGACAAUGUACAGCUCGUCAAGGUUAUGGAAGCAAGCACUGGAGUACUCAAGGGUCUCAACGAAAAGGUUGGCGGUGCGGACCGCGUAGGCGACGUCGUUGACAGACUACGCGAGCAGAUGGGUGAGGUGGACGAGGUCGGCAAGAUCAUCUCUGAAGCUGGCGCGGCGCCGGUCGACGAGUUUGAGGUCGAUGACGAGCUCGAGGCCAUGGAACGCGAGGAGAGGGAAAGAGAGGAGGCGUUGGAGCGGGCCAGAAAGGAGGCGCAGGAGGCGAAGGAGGCCGAGGAGACACGGCGCCGGCUCGAGAAAGAGAUGGCGGAUCUACGUUCGCCUGUGACGGAGCCUGCGGAGAAAGAGGGCGCAAGAGAGCAGGUGCAAACGCCAGCGAGGGAAACGGCGGAUAACUUAGAGAAGCUUGAUCUCGAAGAGCGGGAGAAGCCAUUGCCCGCGCAGUAG